CUCCCAUUUUCAAACCAUCCGUCGGCCACCCCCAAUCUCAAGACUCACUCAUCUCCUUCACUAGUUCGUCCACCUCAUUCAUCCCACCGGCCACCGUCUGCAACAAGCCAACAACCUUCCUACGGCCAUCGCAACAACAGUCAGUCAGUCAACAGUACAACAGCUUAGCAAAUCGGUUGAUCGAUGAACGGAAUAAAACACAGAUUGCUACACACGCUGCGUGUCGAUGUCCCAACCGAAUCACUGAAAAGAAAGGCAUUGGAAUUGGAGAACAAAAGGAAGAUGAGGAGUUCUAAAACCAAGGACCAGUUCAUUGUCCCGGUCCCCGAAUCCUUAUCCUACCUCGAUACCGCUUCCAUGCCCAUGAUUGUUGUUGCCGUUGGCGUUGCAAUAUUCGCCAAGCUCCUUAUGAUGUAUGAUGAAUCUAGAUCUCAAGAGUUGUUAGAACGUAAGAUAAAGAAUUCUCCAGAGGGUCAAGGCACUGUGAGAAUGCUCAGCCGUGAAGAGUGGGAGAAGAUUCGGGAACUCCCACCCAGAACUCCGUUUGAAUCCAAGUUUUCCCGGCCUAAUUCUAGAAUCAGAACCGGAGAACCAUUGCAUCUGGAGGACUUAAAGGAUUGGACAAUUGAUGUUUUUAUGGAUGGUGUUGCAAGAGCUGAAGAGUACAGUAAACGCAGAAAUACUAAGUAAUGUAACAUGUCAUAAACUUAACCUUUGUAUUACCCCAUUGGUUAAUUUAUUAUAUGCAGUGGUGAUUUCUGUUAUGAGAUUGUGUGUAAUCAUAUUAACUACCUCAAUUACCUUCAUUUUCAAUCUGCAAAUUGCAUGAACUAUUUGGCAAACAGGUAGCCAAAUGCAAAGUGGUAUAUCUUUAUGUAGUUAUGUUCUUUUUAUGCUCGUUUAAGACAAUAACAGACAAUUAGUGGUGGUGUACACUUAUCGAAAUAAUAGAAUAACCUUUUCAUUAA